AUGGCGCGACUCUCUCAAGGCGGCAGCCUACAGAAGCCGACCAAAAUCGUCGGUCCACGACGGCCGCGCGGGCCGAUCAUGCAAAUCGUUGGACGCUUGAGACAGGAAGGCCUGUGGAAUAUACGUUGGUACGAGGCUGACGGCCAAUUCGAACGGCUGGAGCUGCACAAGACGAAGAUCAACGGAACGACGCUGCUCGUGAAGAGCGGUACCGAGCAUCAUGAAGAGGACGAGGCGGCAAGCCAACAUGUUAGCCAAGAUGAGCCUCACCAAUCUCCCGAACAACUUCCCCAUCAACAGCCAGCCUUGUCUGUGCCUCCAAAGUCUCAUGAAGACAGCUUGCGUGGAGAAAGCACUACAAAUGAGCAAGACCUGAGAAAGAAGACACCACAAAAGGAUCUGAAUGUGCCUGGGGACACACCUGAAUUAGCACAGCGGUUCCUAACGAGCGUAGAGGAAGUACGUACCGAUUCCUCCCCAUUGUCAAGACAGACUCUCGAGAACCAGGCGCCAGAGGAGGUGGACCAGCAGGAGGAAGAAGAGUACGUCGAUACAGAGGCAUCACAGGGGCAGAAACGAGCCGAGGUGGCGACACGGGACUCUCGUCCGCCCUUGUCGGAAGAGCAGAUCCAAGAGAUUGAGUGCAAUAUCGCUGCAGACAAGGCUGAGAGGGAGAGGCGGGAGCAAGCUGCUGCUGCUGCACGAGCGGCGAGAGAUGGUCAUGGUGUUGGGCCCGAGGAGUUGUGGGAGGAUGAUGUGGAGGAGGGGGAGGUGUUGGAUGAAGACUGA